AUCUUCAAUAUGACCUGUGUCGUUCUGGCGUCAGAGGAGGACGAUCCUAUGGCGGAGCUAAUCAUAAUUGAUUACUACAAGACGUUGCUGCUUGCGGCAGCAGACCAGCCUCUUCGAGGAACAAUUGUCGAAUUAUGGGUCACAGGAUGGAACGCCGACUUCGUUGGGGGAAAAGGCCGAGGCAGGGUGGUUCUACUCCAUGCCCUGCUUAGCGCUAUCAGCGUCGCAACAAAAGAGGCAACGACAGCUGGUAGGGUAGCCAAAGAGAUUAAGCUUACGAUCGACUAUGUAGAGACGGUUCUAAACAAUAGGAGACGUCUCAGAGAGGAUGUUAACGCAGCAACAGAGUUCUACCUAGAGAAACUAGCUAAAGAGGGAGUCGUGCGAGGUGUGGAGGUCUAA